AUGGUUAGCAAGCGGAUUGCCAAUGCCCUGGCCAGGGCUGCUAUUGGCACUAAGCCGAAUAGGAAUAUUACGUCAUUUUUCAGCCGCCGUCCCGCCCCAGUUGCCCCUGUCGCUGCAGUUCCCGCUCCGGCUGCCCCUGCUGCGGCUCUUGCCGUCCCGGCUGCGCCCUCGGGCAUCGAGAUCAACUUGGACGAACCUAUCCAGCCCUCUCUGUCAUCCGGCCGCGUAACCCGGUCACAAGCAAAGAAGCUGGACAGCCCCUCGGACAAGUCUCUUGUGCCCUCUCCCCCUUCUGGCCGCAGCACCGGAUCUCGUGUCAAAGAGAUAGACUCGGACGACAAGCCACUUGUGCCUGCUCUCGGCCGCCGCACCCCGAAGAAACUGGAAAGUUCCUCGGCCAAGUCUCUCCUGCCUACCCCUUCUUCUGGCCCAAGCACUCGAUUUCGUGCCAAGCUGCCAGAGAGAGAUUCGGACGACGAGACUCUGGUGCCCCCCCGUGUCUCUGUCCGCGCCACCCGCUCCCGUGGCAGGGAACCCUCCGUGGCCAGUGGUAAUAAGUCCGGCGCUGAUAAAAGCCCUACUUCCGCGCCCGCCAGAUCGGUCCCUGUCCACGGGAAUGACGAGGCCUCGCCUUCCGAUGACGAAGAUGCAUCGCCUUCCGAUGACGAAGAUAGAUUGGCUUUUGGUCCGAGGUACAAUUUCAAGAAAGCCCAACGAUUCGCCGAGCAAGUCGAUGUGGAUAAGGCGCGAUUUGAAACCACUCCGCUUUCCGACCGGAUGCGAGCGUGGGCUAUGGGAGAGCCCAUCGAUAUCUGGGAGCCAAUUAGCAGGCAGCCAGCAGUCCCAGGUCGGAAUUUCAUCCCUUUCGUUUUACCUUUUAGAGAUGAUGAUAAUGUGGUCGGCUGGGAACUCUGCGCUCGGCAAAACGGAACCAACCUACGUUUCCUGUCUUUGCCGUCCGCCGAUGGGAACCCGUACACACAGAGGGAGGCCAUGUUUCUGUGUUCCAAGCUGGUUGAAGCGCUCCAAGUCUGGCCCGACAUCAACGACAUAACCUCCCCGGUCACCACUGGUCGCAGGACUGUUCCAAGGAACGGCUCUUCUGCAAUUGGGGCACUCGCCAGCGCAGCCCACAGAGUGGUGUUUCUUAACCGUACUCCCAUUGUCUUUUACGCCGGCUCAAUUGUGGUGGGUGCUCGCAAGGGGUUCCGCCUGAUGAUAAGCCUUCUCCACCCCGACACAUUGGUAUCCUCACUUCGGAAGAAGUAA